UCAAGGUUACAGAUAAAUAUGAAUCUCAAUCAGUAUGAUGAUCAGUAUAAACAAUGAGGGAUUAAAUUUUAAUUUCAAUACAGCGAAAAUACAAUGCUAUUAAGUAGGAUAUCUUUCUACUGGACAAAACAAAGGAAAGUUGCUGCCUGUGCAAACAGACAAUAACAGAUGCUACGAAUAGCAAGACACAUCACACCAUCAACUCAUUUCAAUUUUUAUAUUAUUGCUAUUGGCAUACAUUCAUUUUCAUCAGAAGAUAGCGCUUUGUGUAGAGAUUAAAAACAACAUGUGUUAAUAAUGAUGUGAGCCGUGAUGCAAUCGAUAGCAACAAUAACAAUGUCAGCAACACUGUACUUGUAAACAACUGUCAAGGUCAAUUUACAUUGUUUUAUGAGAUGCAGCAGUUUGACAGAAGUGCGAUUGAAUAAGACAUAGAUUAUGAUUCUGUCGUUGUCUUAAUAUUAUUUAGGAGUCUAACAAAGGCAGCGAACAGAAAUCCCAACGGAUUUGGAUAUAUGGAUGAUUGGUUUCUGUCGGGUGCACAAGCAUGCACGAACAGGAACAAAGACACCGUGCUGACACCUGCCGCAGACUUCAUCAUUUGGUAACUCAACACGUAGAACUAAUUACAGGAAAAUUUGAUGCAAAAAUAUGUAAUGAUUAAUAACACUUGUCACAAACAACCACUGGUGCGUGUCACAAACAGAAAUCAAAUUUAGUAAAUGUUUGUUUUAGCCCUGAUUUAUUGAAAUGUUUGUCUCGACGGAGAGGUAUAUAAUAGGUCCUGCCAUCUCCUUACCUCACACAACAACUCAAGCACUCUCAAUCUCGCUGACCUGCUUCUUGUUCAAACGAUUGGUUUCCCGACUUCCCUGCAGAAUACAUCAUGUUGGUUAUCGUCUUUCUUGGUCUGCUGGUUGUCGCUCUCAGCCUUGACGCCGAAACAUCUAAAUCACUGUAUGAUCUCAUCGACAAAAACAAAGAUGGGGUCGCUCGACUCAGUGACGCGUUUGCCGCUUAUAGCAUCGUUGACUUGAACAAAGACGGAUUACUGACCCCCGUAGAAUUCGCCGCUGGACCACAUCCCGGGUCGCCCCCUCUUUCAAUCGAGGAAGCUUUUAAAUUUUACGACAGUCGAGACAAUGAGAAAAAUGAUAACGUAAUCGAUUCAGGUGGUGUUGUCGCUCUUUUUGACGGCCUGGACGGUAACAAGAACGGAAAACUCACACUUCAAGAAAUGAAAGAGAAUUAUUUACCGCUAUUCCUUGGUAACCAGGACGGUGACAGCAAAGAACACGCCUAGGCUGAUUACUAACAGGCUGCUUUGCCCGACACCUGGUAGAAAUGACAAAUAAAUGUUAAAGCUUUCAAAAUUAACUUGAGAUUUUUGUUGUUUUACCUGAGUGGUGUUGCGACUAAAAACAUUGAACUGAAUGUUUUUGCACUUGUUGACGUCUGUAGAUUAAGUUGUUGAUAUCUU